AUGAAUGUUUCAUUUACAGAACGUUUAAUGGAAUUAAACAAUGCUCGUGAAAGGUCACUUAUCUCCGAGGAAGAGUAUUGUAUGUUAAGAUUGAAGAUAUUUGAUGCUUUUACAUCGACCGCCCCAAAUGCCCCAAAAGCCCCAAAUGUAUCUUAUGUAACCCCACCACAACCUCAAUAUCCCCCACCUCAACAACAAACUCUUUCUGACAAAUCACAGCAACAAUUAACACCACAGCCUUCACCAGUUCUUCAACAACAUGUAACUUUCAGUCAAGGCUUUAAUUCUUCGCCAGCCAAGUCUCUUUCGCAUAAAACGAAGAUACCAGCUACACAACCAACCCAUUCUUCAAAUGGCUCUUUACCACUGACCCAACAAUCCUCACAGUCUCCACAAUUUUCACAAUCUCCACAAUCCCCACGAUUACUUUCUCGUCAAAUUAACGAUACUGUUAAUAAUAACAUUAUGAAUGACUCUUCAACACCGGCAAAUAUAAUAGAAACUAAUUUAGUUUCAUCUACUAAUCAAAUAUGCAUUCCUAAAAGAACACGAUCAAAUUUGGUUUCUCCAGCUCUUCAGGAAACCAAUACCAACAGUAAUGAAGAAUUAUCAAUGAAAACAGCACGAGUAUUACCGACGUUUUCAGAAUCUCAAUAUUCGUCUACUUCGAGUACUUUUAUAAAAUUACCAUCAUCACCACCAUCAUCAAUAAUAACAAGUUCAAUUCCUAUACUAAAGACGGCAAUACGUGAUUCAUCGGCGUCGAAAAAGAACCCUCCUGUAAAUCGAUCUACUUCAAUGGCUUAUAAUAAUGACGGUGAAGAUGAACAACUAGUUUCAACACCCCAGACUUUUUCCCAAUCUCAAUCAUCGCCUCAACCACAACAAAGACAAAAUAUAAAUUCUGCUACUAUAUCUGCAAGACAAAUUAGAUCUCUUAGUCUUGAAGUUAUGAAUUCAUUGAAUCAUGGUGGUGAUGGUCUUGCUGAAACAGAUUUGUAUGAACAUUCUGUGCCAGAAGUUCCACCACCACCUUAUUCCCCACCAGAGUCAUCUCUUCGAUUCCAUCGUCGUCGUUCGUCAACUUCAUUCUUUUUAAGACCAAAAACUUCGACUGAACUUCGAAAAGAACUUUUAAAAUUAACUGAAGAAUCGAAGAAAGAACAAGAUAAAUGGAGAAUCGAGGAAGCUAGAUUAAGAAUGCGAAUAAACUCUAAACCUGAAGAAAUUGAACGAGUUAAAAGAAAGAUGAGAGAAUCUAAUGAGAAAUACCGAAAAAAAAUUGAAGAUGUUACCGCAAAAUUGAGACAGAUGAAUUUUAAUAAUGGGAAUUAA